UGCUUAGCCGCAGUUUAUGACAAAUUUAAUGAUUCAUAUUUAAUUUUUCAAUAUAUAUUAGCUUUUGUGAUAAAAUAUUAUAAAAAGUAAACUAUUAUUUGAAAAUAGUUUAUUACUACUUCAGUGAAUACUUUAAGGCUUGUGAAUCUUAAAAAUGCCAGCCUAUCAUUCGUCAUUAGUCGACUACACCCAAUCUGUGGGUAACUUAGCCCUAUUGCCUAUUCGCACUACCUUCAGAGGACCUGCGCCUUUAAGUCCAAAAAUUGAAUUGGAUAUAAUUGACGAAGCUCUCAAUUACUUUAAAGCGAACGUUUUUUUUAGAUUUUAUGAGAUUAAGUCUGAUGCAGAUAGAGUGCUCAUUUAUUUGACCCUUUAUAUUUCUGAAUGCUUAAAAAGAUUACAAAAAUGCUCAAAUAAAAAUCAAGGUCAGCAAGAGAUGUACAUGCUUGCAAUAUCAAAGUUUGACAUUCCUGGAGAAUCGGGCUUUCCUUUGAAUUCUGUGUAUGCAAAACCUACCAGUACUCAGGAAGCUGAUUUGAUGAGACAAUACCUGCAACAAUUAAGGCAUGAAACUGGAGGAAGAGUAUGUGAAAAGGUAUUUGCUACAGAAGAUGGAAAACCGAGCAAAUGGUGGCUAUGUUUUGCUAAAAGGAAAUUCAUGGAUAAGUCUCUUUCAGGACCAGGCCAGUAAUAUUAAACUGAAUAUUUCAAUAUAAAAUAUUUAUUAGAAAAAAAUAUGUAGUUAUCAAUUUAAUUCAUAUCUUGAAUUUGAAGCUCAUAUUAUAUGGAUAUUGAGUAUUAAUAUUAUUUUUAUUAUAAUUCUUUCUAAAUAAAUUUCACUUUUUCAAA